GCUGCGCCGUGACGUCAGGGAAGAUGGCCGCGCCCGGGAGCCGUCGCCUCGGGCCCUGAGCCUCCGCGUGGCUUCCGGUGCGGAGAGCGAGCGCUGGCCUUUCUCCCGCCAUGUUCGCGCUCCGAGGUGGCGGCCGCUGGCUCGCGGGCCCCUUCCCCGGGCGGCCCCGGCCGGCGGCCCCGUGCAGCGGGCACAGCGCGGCGCCCCGCGCUCCGCACUUCGACGUGGUGGUGGUCGGCGGAGGACAUGCGGGGACCGAGGCGGCCGCAGCCUCCGCCCGGUGCGGGUCGCGGACCCUGCUGCUCACGCACCGGGCCGCCGCCAUCGGCCAGAUGUCCUGUAAUCCUUCCUUUGGUGGCAUUGGAAAAGGGCAUUUAAUGAGAGAAGUUGAUGCCUUGGAUGGCCUGUGUUCGCGAAUCUGUGACCAGUCUGGUGUGCAUUACAAAGUAUUGAACCGGCGUAAGGGACCAGCAGUUUGGGGUCUGAGAGCUCAAGUUGAUAGGAAACUCUAUAAGCAGAACAUGCAGAGAGAAAUCCUAAAUACACCGCUGCUAACUGUUCAGGAGGGAGCUGUGGAAGAUCUUAUCCUUACAGAGCCGGAGCCUGGGCACACUGGAAAGUGCCGUGUCAGCGGCGUGGUUCUGGAUGUCCUUGUGAGACUGCCUUUCAGUGCCUUGCUGUGUUGCAGCACCCCUUGUUUCCUGGGCCCCCAGCUGGUGUCGAUUUUACUACCUCAUUUUGCUGGAGUACAUCUUUCAGCUUCCUUGACACAGGCCCUUAUGGUAAUGAAACCCUUGUGUAUUGGCAGUGCUCUCGAUGUCCUGAAGUAUGAGGAAGUCGACAUGGAGCGGUUAGCCAAGGCCGCCCCUGAGCCCCUGAAGAAGUUCGCUACAUGUACCCAGCUAGCUGAAAGACUGAAAAUAGAGGCCACUUAUGAAUUGGUGCUCUUCUAUCAGCAACAAGAAAUGAAGGAAGUUCAGCGAGAUGAAGCCCUCCAGCUGCCAGAAGACCUGGAUUACCUGACUCUUAGGGGUGUGUCUCUGUCCUCUGAAGUCCGAGAGAAGCUACAUUUCAGUCGUCCACAGACGAUUGGGGCUGCUAGUCGCAUACCUGGAGUGACACCUGCUGCCAUCGUCAACCUGCUCAGGUUUGUGAAGACCACCCAGCAGAGACAGGCGGCUUUGAAUGGACUGCCCAAAACUGAUCCGCGCCUGUGUGAUAUGGACAAACUUGAAGAGAGACAGUUGUAGCUUUCUACUCAUAGAAGACUUUUAAUCAACAUGAGAGCAUAAUAGGAGAUAAGCAGCAUUAUAUUGGACCCAUUAAAAUAACCUUGUUAGUUCUGAUGGGUUUGUCAUCAGCUCAUGAAGAGGAUGGAGGUUUAGUUGUGCUGUUUGCCUGUAUCUCAAAAAGCAGUUGUAAAGCCCUCCUUCUCCAGGAGCCUAUUGAUGAAGCUUUGUGUGAUUGUUCCUCAGAGAUGGAACAGUGGGCCUACAGUAAAGCUGAAAAAUACCAGCUUCCAGAUUUGCCUGUUCACAAGGGCUUGGGCCAUAAAAUGUGACAAAAGUAAAGCUCUCAUCCUUCAACUGGC